UUCUCCCUCUCUCCCUCUCUCUCUCUCCUCCCCCUCCCUCUCUCCCUCUCUCUCUCUCCCUCCUCUCUCCUCUCCCUCUCUCUCACACACACACACGCAAUCUAGACGGAGAUGAUUCAUAUUCAACACGUGGGUGCUGCUGCAUUCUUAAAACGCCACCACAUGAAAGCGUGAUUCAUUCAGAAAGUAGGCUACAGCCACCGAAGCAAGAAGGAGACAAGCCUGGCGUCUGUCAAAUAUUAAUAUUAAUACACCGAGUAAAGUCAGCUAAGAGCGAGGCUGUAUUUCACGGAUACAGGAUGGAUAUGAAGCUGUUCCCCUGGUUCCUGCUUUUGCUCGUCUUUGUGGUCUCAGCCCAGAAGCAAAACUACAGUCAGAAAUGCAAACAAGGCGAAUUCUGGAAUGCCGACGCAGUUGCAUGUAUAGACUGCAGUAUAUGUCAAACGCACCCAAAGACACCAUCCUGCGAUACAUGCGAGCAGGCGCCAGCCCCGACUUUCAACGUGUGGAUGGUCGUGGCUUUGGUCAGCCUCUCUCUCGUGGUUGUCAUAACGACGGUGGCAGUUGGGAUGUACGUGCGGCAGUGGCGGGAAAAACGGAGCACGUUCCUCAGCGAACCCGUUGAAGAAACGGCAGGGCCGCUGUAUCCAGGACCAUAGAAACACAUACAGAGACCCAGUCUAAAUCAGCCAAAACACCACAGCAAUAUAAACAAGACACUGAACAAUGCACAAGACGACCAACCCAUUCCUGAAAGACCUCCAGACAGACAGACAGACAGACAGACAGACAGACAGUGGCACUGCAGUGGCUGGGGUCCUGUGUUGUAUUUUGCAGCUGCAGUGGGACGAGGUACCACACGGUUGAGCAUUUAAAUACAGGCCUGAUUUCAUAAUUCCCGCAGCUUUGUCGGACAAGGGGAUA